AUGUUGUCGGAAUCUGUUCUCUGCCUCUUGACCGAGGACCUUCUCAUCCGGCUCCUGGAGAAGCUCGGGCCGGAUCGGAAACCGUGGAGGCUGGUGUGCAAGGACUUUCUUCGGGUCGAGUCGGUGAGCCGGAAGAGUAUUCGGAUCCUCCGAAUCGAGUUCCUGUUUGGGCUGCUGGAGAAGUUCUGCAACAUUGAGACGCUGGACCUGUCGCUGUGUCCGCGGAUCGAGGACGGAGUUGUGUCGGUUUUGCUGAGUCAGGGAUCGGCGAGUUGGACUCGGGGACUCAGGAGGCUCGUGCUGAGUCGCGCCACCGGGCUGGGCCACGCGGGUUUGGAGAUCCUCAUUCGGGCGUGUCCAAUGUUGGAGGCUGUGGAUGUUUCCCACUGUUGGGGCUAUGGGGACAGAGAGGCCGCGGCGCUAUCGUGCGCCGCGAGGUUGAGGGAACUGAACAUGGAUAAGUGUUUGGGAGUUACUGAUAUUGGGUUGGCGAAGAUUGCUGUGGGUUGUGAGAAAUUGGAAAGGCUGAGUUUGAAGUGGUGCUUGGAGAUUUCUGAUCUCGGGGUUGAUCUUCUUUGCAAGAAGUGCCUGGACUUGAAAUUUCUGGACGUGUCCUAUCUCAAGGUUUGUUUCCUUCUCUUUCAAAAUGAUUCUAUAUUAUUGAAGAGACAGAAGGUGGAUGGAGGAGAGGGAUAG